AUGAACAUUUAUUUGAAAAUUAAUGAGCUACCACGCGCUCAAGACACUACGAGGCCACAUUUUAUGACUUGGGUUUACGUAACAUCCUCUGGUACUUACAAAGAGGAGAAUCUUCUCCAGGACUCAACAAGAUGUCAAGAAAAUCCGCUACGGAAUGUGGUGAUACUAUUUGCUUUAUACGUCAUGAAAACAGCUUCUAUUGAGCUGUUGGGGACGUUUCGAGUUCUUAUGUACUGCAAUGUUGUGUUUCCCGCUUUAGAAUGUAAUAUGAUCUGUCUGCUAUUUGUGCCGCACAUCAUUGUACCAUAUCCUGUGAUUUUAAGUAUGGGACCCACCAGACUACUAGGUCGUGAAAUAACUCUACUUUAUGGCGCUUUUUUCUGUUGGUUUGGCGCGUGUGCCGUUCUUAGCAUUGCGUACUCAGUAUCACUUAACUACAUAUCAGUUUGCCAUUCUUGGAUCUUGAGAUCUAAAGCUUUUCUUAUUCUAAAAUGGGCCGCUUUUCUUCUUCCAGUUAUUUUUAUAACACCUUUUAGCAUUACAUUAAUUUACUUGAUAAUAACUGACACGCAGUCAGUCUCAUCGAUGUUGACAGCGGACCCAAGAAACGUUGUCUUUGUGAACGAAUUCGCCGCUAUGCCGGUUUACCUUCAGUCGUUUGGCGUCGAUUUGUGCCUGAUAGCACUACUUCUUAUUUACACUGGCGCAGCAAUCGUUGGUAGUGCAAUGAUACUCAGGGUAAUUCUACGCAUUCGGUCGAGGAAACACGAAUUUUCCGCAAAAACGUAUCGCCUUCACAUCAACGUGGUUAUUGCACUUGUCAUGUACUGUGUAAUACUAUUUCUUCAAGUGGGUCUUCCCGUUAUGCUGGUCGUCAUCACAGUAUUUUUCAGCUUAUCGUGGAUGACUGCGAUGGUCUACGUUCCAAGCGAGUCCGCCAGCCGUCCUAUUUUGCCCGGUUUCCUCUCCAGAGCACGGGACAAAGGACUUCAACCCUCUGGCCGUACGGCCAGGGUUUCCGACCGAACAAUCUGA